UCUCAAUAGUAAGACUAACUGUUGAAUUAUGGCUGUAAGGUGGUGUUUGGUUCAAGUACUGGCACUGUGUGCAGUCUGUCAUGCUCUUCCACAGUGGAGUAAUUUGCCCCAGAACCCUCAAACUCUGAUGGUCCAGCAAACUGACCAGCGGUUUCAACAGCCUAAUCAGAAGUUUCCUCAGAGGUUUCAGUUUCAGAAACCAGUGGUGCAGGCAGAGCUCCUCGAUAAAUGUGCUGUAGCUGAUUACGAGCAGAUCCAGUGUGGACAACCUGGUAUCAGUGCUGCUGAAUGUCAAGUUAUCAACUGCUGCUUUAAUGGACAGCAGUGUUACUAUGGGAAGGCAGUGACUGUCCAGUGUAUAAGAGAUGGUCAGUUUGUGGUAGUGGUGGCUAGAGAUGUUACACUGCCUCGACUGAGUCUGGAUUCGGUCCGUCUACUGGGUGGAAAUGACCCACCUUGUGGUCCUGUGGGGUUCACACCUUCCUUUGUUAUUUACCAGUUCCCUGUGACCGCCUGUGGCACGAGCAUGAUUGAGGACAAUGGUUAUGUGGUGUAUGAGAACCGAAUGACCUCUUUGUAUGAAGUGGGGAUUGGACCACUUGGGUCCAUCACAAGGGACAGCCAUUUUGAGCUUCUCUUCCAGUGUAGGUACUCUGGUACUUCUGUGGAAGCUCUGGUUGUGGAGGUGAACACUGUUCCUCCACCUCCACCAGUAGCUGCCCCUGGACCCCUCAGGGUGGAGCUUAGACUGGCCAAUGGUCAAUGUGUCACCAAAGGGUGUGCAGAAGGGGAUGAGGCCUACACGUCCUACUACAGUGACGCUGAUUAUCCGGUCACAAAAGUCCUGCGAGAGCCAGUGUAUGUUGAGGUGCGCAUUUUGGAGAGGACUGACCCCAACCUUGUCCUGAUGCUGGGACGCUGCUGGACAACUUCAACCCCCAGUCCACUCGGUCUGCCCCAGUGGGACCUGCUGGUUGAUGGAUGCCCUUACCAGGAUGAUCGUUACCUGACCACGUUGGUGCCAGUGUUUGGAUCAUCUGGUCUUCAGUUCCCAACCCACUACAAGCGCUUUAUUGUGAAGAUGUUCACGUUUGUAGAUCCGGCAUCACUGGCUCCUCUGCAGGAAACUAUCUUUAUCCACUGUAGUACAAAGGUGUGUCAUCCAUCUUCUGGCUCCUGUGAGCAAAGCUGCUACAGUAAGUGCAGAGACACUCCUGUCAAGACCAUCUCUAGUGAGCAGACUGUGGUUUCUAGUGGAGAAGUUACUCUGGUCAUGUAAAUCUAGUGGUUUCAAUAAACUUUGGGAUACAAAGAUCA